GCGCCGGGGCCGGGCCGGCAGCCGGGCGCCGGCGGGAGCCAGCAGCGUCUGCAGCCGCGCCGGCCGCCCGCGCCCCGGCGCGCUCCGGCGGGGCCAUGGAGCUGCCAGCUGUCGGCGAGCACGUCUUCGCCGUGGAGAGCAUCGAGAAGAAGCGGAUCCGCAAGGGCCGAGUGGAGUAUCUGGUGAAAUGGAGAGGCUGGUCCCCCAAAUAUAACACGUGGGAGCCCGAGGAGAACAUCCUGGACCCCCGGCUGCUGAUCGCCUUCCAGAACAGGGAACGGCAGGAGCAGCUGAUGGGGUGUCGGAAGAGAGGCCCGAAACCCAAGCCGCUGGUGGUCCAGGUGCCCACCUUCGCUCGCCGCUCCAAUGUGCUGACGGGGCUCCAGGACUCCUCCGCCGACAACCGCGCCAAGUUGGAGCUGGGCGCGCAGGGCAAGGGCCAAGGCCACCAGUAUGAGCUCAACAGCAAGAAGCACCACCAGUACCAGCCGCACAGCAAGGAGAGGGCGGGCAAGCCGCCGCCGCCGCCGCCGGGCAAGAGCGGCAAGUACUACUACCAGCUCAACAGCAAGAAGCACCACCCCUACCAGCCCGACCCCAAGAUGUACGACCUGCAGUACCAGGCCGGCCACAAGGAGGCGCCCGGCGCCGCGUGCCCGGACCUGGGCGCCAAGAGCCACGCGCCCGACAAGUGGGCGCACGGCGCGGGGGCCAAGGGCUACCUGGGCGCCGUGAAGCCCCUGGCCGGCGCGGCCGGCGCGGCGGCGGGCAAGGGCGCGGAGAAGGGCGCCCCCAACGGCCUGGCGCCCGCGCCCAAGGAGGCAGGGGCCGGCAACGGCAUCGGGGGCAAGAUGAAGAUCGUCAAGAACAAGAACAAGAACGGGCGCAUCGUGAUCGUCAUGAGCAAGUACAUGGAGAACGGCAUGCAGGCCGUGAAGAUCAAGUCCGGCGACGCCGAGGACGCGCGCGCCGGCCACAAGAAGCGCGCGCCCGACGAGCGGACUUUCAAGAAGGCGGGCGCCGAGGAGAAGAAGGCGGAGGCGGCCCCGGGCAAGCGGCGCGAGGAGGCGGCGGGGCCUGAGCCGCCCGCCCCCGAGGCGGGGGGCGCGCGCAAGCCCUCCCCGGCGGCGGCGGCCAAGGAGGCGCUCGAGCAGCCCCUGCCGCUCACCACCAAGCCCGAGCUGCUGGCCUGGGACCCCGCCCCGCGCGGCCCGCCCGCGGCCCCGCACCACCCCGCGCACCACGCCCCGCACGGCCUCGGCCUCGGCCUGGCCCACGCGCGCAAGCGCUGCCUGUCCGAGACGCACGGCGAGCGCGACCCCUGCAAGAAGCGGCUGACGGCGCGCAGCAUCAGCACCCCCACCUGCCUGGGGGCCGGCGCGCCCGCCCCCGCCGCCGCGCUCCCGCAGCCCGAGGUCAUCCUGCUGGACUCGGACCUGGAUGAGCCCAUAGACUUGCGCUGCGUGAAGACGCGGGAGGCGGGGCCGCCGGCCGGCGCGGCGCACGUCAAGCCCGAGGCAGCCGCGCCCCCGGUGGUGGUGGCGGCGGCCAGCGUGCCCCCCGCCGCCGAGAAGCCCCCGGCCGCGGCGCAGGACGAGCCCGAGGAGCCGCUGGGCGAGUUCAAGCCCUUCUUCGGGAACAUCAUCAUCACCGACGUCACUGCGAACUGCCUCACCGUCACCUUCAAGGAGUACGUGACGGUGUAACGGCGGCAGGCGGACCGGACCGGCCCGGGACCCUGGC